AUGUUUCUGAAAAUACCUAAUUGGGAAACAGUAAAUGAGACACCCAAAUCAAGAGUCUUAACAAUAAACGAGUUGAUCUCGCCCAACUUGGAUACAGAGUCUAAGAGACUUCUGGCAACUCCAGUAAGAAGGUACUGUGAAACUUCUGUAAGUGAAGUGCAAGAGUCUCCUACGUCUGCGCACUCUCCUAGUGACGGCGAAAGCCCUACCUAUCAAUAUAACACUCAAUUUCACUUUCCAGCACCAUCAACCCCUAGAACUCCCGAUUCUAAGACUGAGGAAAAAUAUCUAUGCUCAACACCCGCAUUGAUUUCUCCCACAGCAAUUGUUGAGGACGAAAACAACGAUUCUGUGCAAGAGUUUUCAAGAACUUUAAAGUCGAGGCUGAAUUGUGCAAUGGUUAAACUAUCACGAGAGCAUGAAGGUAAUUGCCCGACGAUGAAAGGGCAGUUUUCUGGGAAUAAUCAAGCGGCUUUGAUUCCUCCUCCUCCAACCGAAAAGAUACGAAAGGGUUCUUAUAGCAAUAAAUUUGCUACCAAACAUAGGCGUUGCCAGUCAUUAGAUGAAUCUAAAAAGUUUUUGAGUUCUCUGGAAGAUUCUUCCGCUCAUGCAGCAUUUUUAAAGGCAAUUUCGUCUAAAAACAUCAAGGACAAUAACAUAAAAAAUGUUAAUGUUUCACCGUUACGAUGGUCUUCUCAUAAAAGAACACAAAGUACACAGGAGAACUCUUUGCAAGAGUUUGUUGCUAUUGACACUCUAUUGAAGAUGUCGUUAUCGAACUAA